AAAAACCAACAAAAAAAAUAAGUUUGUCUUUCUUUGUGAAAAUUUUUAAGUUUAAUUCGAAAAUACUGAUAAUAAACACUAAUGUCGGACAACCAGGAUAAAGAAGAAACAUUGGCCAGCUUUCAGACCAUAACUGGCAUUGACGAUGUUGGCGAGGCCUUCUCACAUCUGGAGGCGUCGAAUUGGGAUCUUAUGGAAGCACUCAAACGUGUCAUGCCACAAGAGGAUGCACCAGUAUUUAAUACAAACAUACAACCUCCAGAGCCACCAGCACCAGAUCCAGUGGCCGUAGCACUAUCUAAUAGCAAUGGAUUUAGGCCUUUCAACUAUGAUGAAAUGCCAGGACCCUCACAAAGUGCACGCAUGUUUCCCCCUUCACAGUCACAAUUGCUGGCACAGCUGACUUCGAGCAUUAAUCUGGAUCCCACGAAACAGAAUAACAACCAAAAUGUUAUAAAAUUCAACAUACAUUUCAAUCAGCAACUAUAUCAGAUAUGCAUGCCACCAAAUGCCACUAUAGAGCAACUGAAGCGAAAGAUCUUUGAUGUGACCAGCGUGCCACAAUGUCGUCAAGCCAUUAGAGGCUGGCAACCGUCCAGGGCCAGUGAAGCACAACAGCCGAGCACACAGCUAUGCAAUUUGGAUUUAAGUCCUGAAAACGACCUCAUACUUAUUGAUCUAACUGAUGAUGGCUUUAUGGAUACAGAACAAGAUGAAGUUACGCAACGUAUGGAUAAGGUGUUCAAUCUCAAGAUUGUGCAGCAGCCGGAGGGUCGUGAGUUUUCACUCAACCCAUCUGGACAAACCACAAUACAAGAGCUGAAAACUAACGUCUAUUACAUUACCAACAUACAAGUGCGACAUCAGGAAUGGACUGGCUGGCCCAGCGGUUGUAACAAUGACACUAACAUAGCGCAAUCGGGCAUAGAAGAGACCCAUAGUUUUGUAGUGCGCAACAUGGCGAAUCGUGCUCAAAACAAUGCCAAUUUGCACGCAAACACCGAGGUCGUUAUACUUGAUAGCGAAAGCUCAGCGGAUGAAUUUGAGGAUGCCACGGACUUUAACAACUCAGAAUAUAUUUUCUCAGAUUCACCACCAGUGCAGCCACUAAACCGACAUUUAAUACCCAACAACACAAACGAUGAGACUAGUGGAUCCUCACAAUUUGUAGAAAAUUAUAGACAACGCUUCGGCGAACCAUUUCCAGAUUUUUUUGUGGGCAGCUUGGAUAACGCGUUAAGGCUUGCAUGCCACAAGCCUGCCAAGGAGCGUAAAUUAUUGGCAAUUUACUUGCACCAUGGCGAGAGUAUACUCACAAACGUAUUCUGUGAUCAUCUGAUGAAGGAUGAGGCCAUCAUACAAACAUUCAAAGAGAACUUUGUUCUUUAUGGCUGGGAUAUGACCUAUGAGAGCAACAAGGACAUGUUUCUAUCCUCGCUGACAGCCUGCAUUAAUAGUAAUGCUUCAUUAACGGCUAGAAAUAUUAAACUAGACAAACUACCCGCCAUUAUGUUAGUUGGCAAGAGUCGUCUAAUGGGCCGUCAAACUUGCGAGGUUUUAUCUGUGAUUCAUGGGAAUAUUGGUUUGGGUGAUUUGCAAUCUCGUCUGAUUGAGACAACUGUUCUGUAUGAGGAGCAACUGCAGGGCGAGAUACGCGAGGAGGAUGAGCGAGCGGCGCGCGAUCAGGUAAAGGCUGAGCAGGAUAUGGCAUAUGAGGCCACGCUGCAGGCAGACAUGGCCAAAGAUGCAGCCAAACGACAAAAGGAAGCCGCUCAAGCAGCUGAACGCAAACGCAUUGAAUCUGAACGUGCCGAAGAAGAUGCCAGACGCGAGUCUAUCAGAUUAGUGGCAAGUCAAUCUUUACCACCAGAGCCCGCCGAGCAUGAAGCAAACAUUUCCAAAAUACGCGUACGUAAACCAACUGGCGAUCAUUUGGAGCGACGUUUCUCCAUAUACCAUACACUACAGGAUCUAUUGAAUUUUGUGGCUGCUAAUGGUUUCCUCAUUGAUGAGUAUAAAGUGUUCAGUGGCUGGCCACGUCGGGAUCUGACCGCCAUUGAUGGUAGCCAGACACUAGAGUCGCUAAAAUUAUAUCCACAGGAGACGGUCAUAUUAGAGGAGCGUUUUUGAUUUGCAUAAAGUUUUACGUUUUGCUGAGUUCCAAAGCGUUCUCGUUUACAUUGGGUUUAAGUUUUGCAUAAAUAAGUGAAACCACUACAACAAAAAAAUCAGUUAGAAUUGUAUUUAU